CUGUCACACAUGAUCUGUAUCUUUGAGGUUUCUUAUAAAAGAUUCAGUUUGGUCCUCAACUACCAUCGUCUCCGAUUUUCGUUUAUUUGUUUUCACCGCCUUUUGGAUCUUCUUUCAUCUCAACCAUUGUCUCGUUGACGGCUCUAACUCGCCGUCAGGAAUACUUACCUCCUAUCAUUGCAUAGAUUUUUCACCCACGUCGCUCAAAACCUUUUCCAACAAAGUGACUAUCAAUUCUCUAAUAGCUGUCAUAUGGAUCGUUAUACGAAAAUCGAAAAAGUUGGCGAGGGAACAUAUGGCGUUGUAUACAAAGCCAAAGACAACGGUACCAACCAAAUCGUCGCUUUGAAGAAGAUCAGACUCGAGGCAGAAGACGAAGGGGUGCCCAGCACCGCCAUUCGUGAGAUCAGUUUGUUGAAGGAACUCAAUGACGACCACGUCGUCAGGCUGCUCGACAUUAUUCAUGUCGAACAGAAACUAUACCUAGUUUUCGAAUUUCUGGAUGUGGAUCUUAAACGAUACAUCGACAACGGAAAUCAAAACCGCACUCCUAUUACGCCCAAGAUUGUCAAGAAAUUUCUCUGGCAACUAAAUGCUGGCCUCUUGUAUUGUCACUCUCACCGCAUCCUUCACCGCGAUCUUAAACCUCAAAACCUCUUGAUCAAUAAAGAUGAUAACCUAAAGCUCGCCGACUUCGGCCUUGCUCGUGCGUUCGGGAUUCCCAUGAGAACCUACACACAUGAAAUCGUCACGUUAUGGUAUCGUGCUCCCGAGGUGUUGCUAGGCGGACGCCACUACUCUACUGCUGUCGAUAUGUGGUCAGUAGGAUGUAUAUUUGCUGAGAUGGCUUUGCAAGGACACCCGUUGUUCCCUGGUGAUUCUGAAAUUGACCAGAUUUUCAAGAUUUUCAAAAUCAUGGGCACACCUAACGAGCAGAUCUGGCCUGGAGUAUCUUCACUUCCGGACUACAAAGCUACGUUCCCGCAAUGGUCAACGAAAGAUCUCUUGGGAGUUGUGCCAGUGUUGGAUGAGGCUGGAAUUGAUAUGCUGAAGCAAACACUGAUCUAUGACUCUGCAAAGCGCAUUUCUGCAAAGCGCGCUUUGAUUCACCCUUAUUUUGCGGAUUACAAGCCUUAACUGUGGCACGAUCUUGCCCUCAUCCAUCCUCUCUUCUGGUCUCUCUUCUUAACCACUUUUCGGUGUCGCUAUCGCUUGCUGUCUUAGUAUGUUCUUGUCGAUAUUGAUUCGCUUUUGCAUCUACUGUAGAUAGCGAGUCGAGUUAUGAUUUUUAUCUUUCGUCUUUUGCUGAACGAACGUUGAACUAAAGAAUAUUGUACCAGUCACAUAUCGUUCGCAUACAUAAACGUUAUAUCUGUAUACACUCCCCGAAUAUUUUACUUUCAUAUUCCCCUGGUUGUGCAUGGACAGCUCAUAGUUGCGACGCUAUCGAUAAACUAGUACAUAGCAGGUAGACUGAGCCUCCGUUGUACAGUCCUGUAAUUCAAUCUUUCCUCAUUGACUGACUCAUAAAUAUAGCCCAG